UCUCACGUGACGAGUUCUGCAGCUACUGCCCUGGGGCAAGAACCGGUCAGUUCAGUUAAAACACACAGGCUCCUCUGUUCAUGCUGGCUCCACACAGCCCUAGGUCCUUUACUGCUCUUUUCUCGGCUGUGGGCGGCCUUGAGCCGGCAGGGGAUACAGUGACACCCAAUUAGGAGCUCGCACUUGGCUGAGUGGCUCAGCAUAGGCUGCCUGGGCUGCACGAGGGCUGGAUUUUUGCUUUGUCAUCCUGACUCUGGCCGUUUGCCCGCCCGCUCCGAGUAGGGCGUGGCUUCGCGGCGCCACUGCGAACCUGCUACCCUUUCAACCCAGUUCCCUUCAGUCCCGCGUGCGCAUCACCACCCCAGCAGGUGGACGGAGCCCAGAAGGACGGUCUGCAUCUUCUCCAUUGUGGCGUUCAUAGGACGGCCCGGGCCUGCACGCCGCGCUCGCCGAGCUCACCGCCGACCCCGAAGUGCCCGUGGUGUUUGUGAGGCAGACCAGGAUAGGCGGCCAUGGUCCGACUUUGAAGGCUUAUCAGGAGGGCACGCUGCAGAAGCUCCUGAAGAUGAAUGGUUCAGAGGACCCACCCCAGUCCUAUGACUUUGACCUUAUCAUCAUCGGCGGUGGCUCAGGAGGACUGGCAGCCGCCAAGGAGGCAGCUAAAUAUGGCAAGAAGGUGAUGGUUCUGGAUUUUGUCACCCCCACGCCUCUUGGAACUAGAUGGGGUCUCGGAGGAACAUGUGUGAAUGUGGGUUGCAUACCUAAAAAGCUGAUGCACCAGGCGGCUCUGCUGGGACAGGCGCUGCGAGACUCUCGCAAUUAUGGUUGGAAAUUCGAGGAGACGGUUGAGCAUGACUGGGAGAAGAUGACGGAGGCUGUCCAGAAUCACAUCGGCUCCCUGAACUGGGGCUACCGAGUGGCUCUACGGGAGAAGAAGGUGGUCUAUGAGAACGCCUAUGGGGAGUUCAUCGGUCCUCAUCAGAUUAAGGCAACAAAUAAUAAAGGCAAAGAAAAAAUUUACACAGCAGAGCGAUUUCUCAUUGCUACCGGUGAAAGGCCACGCUACCUGGGCAUCCCUGGGGACAAGGAGUACUGCAUCAGCAGUGAUGAUCUGUUCUCCCUACCUUACUGCCCGGGUAAAACCCUGGUGGUCGGAGCAUCCUAUGUUGCUUUGGAGUGCGCUGGCUUUCUUGCUGGUAUCGGUUUGGAUGUCACUGUGAUGGUACGGUCCAUUCUGCUCAGAGGAUUUGACCAGGACAUGGCCAACAAGAUUGGUGAACACAUGGAAGAACAUGGCGUCAAGUUCAUAAGGCAGUAUGUACCCAUUAAGGUUGAACAAAUUGAAGCAGGGACCCCAGGCCGGCUCAGAGUGGUAGCCAAGUCCACCACUACUGAAGAAACCAUUGAAGGAGAAUAUAACACGGUGUUGCUGGCAAUAGGAAGAGAUGCUUGCACAAGAAAAAUUGGCUUAGACACCGUGGGCGUAAAGAUAAAUGAAAAGACUGGAAAAAUACCAGUCACAGAUGAAGAACAAACCAACGUGCCUUACAUCUAUGCCAUUGGCGAUAUCUUGGAGGGAAAGCUGGAGCUCACGCCAGUAGCCAUCCAGGCAGGAAGGCUGCUGGCACAGAGGCUGUAUGCUGGCUCUACUGUCAAGUGCGACUAUGAAAAUGUUCCAACAACAGUGUUCACUCCCUUGGAAUAUGGUGCUUGUGGCCUUUCUGAGGAGAAAGCUGUGGAGAAAUUUGGGGAGGAAAAUGUUGAGGUUUACCAUAGCUUCUUUUGGCCAUUGGAAUGGACGGUUCCUUCAAGAGAUAACAACAAGUGUUACGCCAAAGUAGUCUGUAAUCUCAAAGACAACGAACGAGUCGUGGGCUUUCAUGUACUGGGUCCAAAUGCUGGAGAAGUCACCCAGGGCUUUGCGGCGGCGCUCAAGUGUGGACUAACCAAAACACAGCUGGACAGCACCAUUGGCAUCCACCCGGUCUGUGCAGAGGUGUUCACGACGCUGUCGGUGACCAAGCGCUCCGGGGGUGAUAUCCUGCAGGCCGGCUGCUGAGGUUAAGCCCCAGUGUGGAUGCUCUUGCCUGGACUCGCAGCUGCUGACUCAGUUCCUUACCCAAAUCCAAGGCGAACUUUCUGGGAAGGUUCUGCUGGCACCUGUUGAGGGGGCCGUGCUUAACCACUGCCCAAGAACCCUUUGGAUCUCACAGGUGGAGGUGCUAAGUGGAAGGCAAGCAGCAUCACACUGGGGUCUCCGUAACAGACUGGAAACUGGCCUUUGGCAGUGCAUCGAGGGGUGUGUCCAUGAAGUCGCCAGCCCAAAGCCUGCGUGGUGGGCCGUGACGGAACAGCUGUCAAGCCAGUCUCAGCACCCUCUUUCCUUUUUAUGGAUUUUCUGAUUCUCGUUGUCA